AUGUGCAUUUUACUUACUUGUGCCAACACGAAAGAGUAUUCUCUUGUUCUUGCUUCAAACAGGGAUGAGUAUUUCAAGAGACCAACUCAUGAGGCGGAGAUGCGACUGGUUGAUGGCGUGGAGACGAUCUCACCUUAUGAUCUGGCCCGUGAAGAAAGAGGGACAUGGAUAGGAAUUACUACAACCGGGCGACUUGCUGUUUUGGUCAACUACAGAGAUCCGAUUGAAGUCAACCAUAGAGGGAAAGUAUCCAGGGGGCUGUUACCUAUAUCUUAUCUAACUUGUGCAAAGCCAAACAAAGCGGGGAAAGAAGAGGCAAGCAAGAAGGUGAGGCCAUCUACUAAGGUAAGCUAUGGUGAGUGUUCCCACGGGGUUCAAGAUUGGCCAGACGAUUUUAUUCAGAAAGAAUUGAAGAGCAUUGGAGGUUUUUCCUUAAUGUACGGCCAAUUAUCCAUGGGCGAUGACGGACGCAUUUGCCCAUUGAGCGUCUUCACUAAUAGGUCCACCAAAAGGACCAAGGUAUUUGUCGACGCCGAUCAAUUUGGACUAUCGAACUCACAUUUCUUUGAGCCUUGGCCGAAGGUCAUAGAAGGGCAGCAAGAGCUUAGUAACCUGAUGAAAGCUUAUGAUGCUUCUGAAUUCUCAUUAGGCGAGAACAUGUCCCGAGACCAUGCAAGACACGAGACACUAAUCGAUGAAAUUUUCAAGAUAUUAUCGAUUGACCGAAUCCAUCCAAACCUGAGAACAGACUACAUUUCGGCGUUUGAACACUUCCCAGAAAGUAUUUUCAUUCCUCCUAUUGAGACACCCUACUAUCAUGAUCCGAACAAUAUAGAUAAUCCAGUUGCGGGUGACUAUUAUGGCACUAGAACCCAAACAAUUAUCCUCGUAGAUAGAAAAGGUAACGUUGAGUACAUUGAGAAAACUUUGCACUCCAGAGACCAAGAGGAAAUAGAGAAAAAUCCCAUACGCCGAUUCAAUUUUCGUAUUGACGGAUUUGUGCGAUGCCAUUCAUCUUGCACGGUCAGCUCCGGGUCUGAGUAG